CAUCUAGGAAAAGAAGUUCUAGCACAAGAAAGUCACUUUAUCUGUGGGAAUUUCUCUUUGGUUUGCUGGAAGAUGACGAAUGCGUCUCAGUGAUAACUUGGGUCAACAAGCGUGAAGGAAUAUUUGCUUUAAAGAACACUGAUGAACUGGCGAAACUAUGGGGAACUGUCAAAAACAGACCAAAAAUGGACAAGAACAAACUGAUUAGAGCGAUGAGAACAUAUUACAACAGAGGAAUGCUAAAAAAG